GCCCGGCGUACUGGUUAUUCUAGAUUUGUCCUGCAAAGGUGGGAAUACUUUGACGCUGACAAUCGCAGUAAAACGUUGUCCGAUGCUGCGCAAAUUCAACUGAAGUACUAUCAAUGUCGCUCUCAUCAAUCUCUCCCAAGUUUCGAGUGGCAAUAUGUGGUGCGGGCAUUGGAGGGCUUGUCCUCGCUGUUACAAUUGGGAAGUUUGCAGGUUGCAAUAUCGACAUAGACUUAUACGAAGCGCAUGACGCCAUCACCACCGCUGGGGCUGGUGUUUCACUUUGGCGGCGCGCGACGGAGAUUAUAGAAGAACUCGGUAUGCACGACGAAUUCUCCCGCGUUUCAACGAAGCCUUCCUCCAGUCAUGGACUACUAUUCAGGAAGUCUAAUGCCCCAGAGAGUUUUGAGUGGUUUCGUUAUAUCUUCGAACCGUGUGGGCCUUCCAAUCUGCACCGCCAACAUCUCGUCGACAUUCUCAAGAAAAACAUCCCCUCGUCAUGCACUAUGCACUUUAAUAAACGACUCACUAAAUAUGACAUGGAGUCAUCAGGAUCACUGGUCCUCCACUUUGCUGAUGAUAGCACCGCAACUGCGGAUGUGUUAGUAGGAGCAGAUGGCCUCCGCUCCUCAGUGCGGAAGACGCUCUUCGAAACAAUAGACCCAAGUAUCGUAGACCCGAGCAAGAUAAGAUACUACAGUGAUCCAUCUUGGACCGGAGCGCUUGUCUAUCGCACCGUCUUUCCGGCGGAGAAGCUCUCGAAAAUAGAUCCAAAUGAUUUAGCUUUGAAGGAAUUCAUGGUGUUCUGCGGGAAGGGAAAGCAUAUCGUCUCAUUUCCGGUUUCACAGGGGACACAAAUCAAUAUCGUAGCAUUUGUUUCUGAUCAGCAGAAAUCCGGAACACCUUUUGAGGGCCGUUGGGUUUCAGAUGUGGCCCUUGAAGAGGUCGAGGAAGCAUAUUCAGACUUCGAACCUGAUGUCAAGCGCCUUCUGAAACAAAUUUUGCAGUGUUCCGAAAACCCCUCAAGAUGGGCGGUUCACGUGGUAAAUGAACUACCCCUAUUUACUUGCAAUAGAGUUGUGCUGAUGGGUGAUGCGGCCCAUGCCAUGAUGCCCCAUCUCGGCGCUGGAGCUGGUCAGGCAAUCGAAGAUGCUUUUGUGCUCGGCCGCCUCCUUGCACACCCACUUACAACGUUGGAUAACGUGCCCGCCGCACUGAAAGUAUACCAGGACGUCCGCCUCCCAUUCGCUCAACUCGCAGCGCGUGAAUCGGAACGUAUAGGAUAUAUGUACGAUUUUUGUUCGCCUGGGUAUUAUGAUGGGACGGAUUCAGUAAAUAAGCGAGAGGAGCUCGAGAUUCUGAAAGGAAAGAUCAUAGGCCUGCGGGAUUGGGCAGCUGAAGGAGGUGCUGUUGCUGAAUGGGUUAAGGCAGAAAGUCGACUGCAGGAAAGUCUGUGCCCUGAGCGACGUGAGAACAGUGUAUUAUGUUCAUUGUAGCACCGAAUAUUCAUGGGCGAGACAAUAUUACCGCAAAAUGCAAUCGGCCUGGAAUG